ACCGGACAUCAUCAUGGGUGGGGAAUCUUGCCGCCUCUACGUGCGCGGUAUCAUCCUGGGGUACAAGCGUGCUCGUACCAACCAGACCAACCACACCUCUCUGAUCAAGCUCGAGAAUGUCAACGACAAGUCUUCCGCCGACUUUUACCUCGGCAAGAAGCUCUGCUACGUGUACAAGGCGAAGACCAAGAAGAAGGGCACCGUGUUCCGCACCAGCUGGGGCAAGGUGACGCGCGCUCACGGGUCGAGCGGCGUGGUGAGGGCCAAGUUCAAGAAGAACCUCCCCCCCUCCUCCAUGGGCGGCAAGAUUCGCUGCAUGCUCUACCCCUCCAACAUCUAAGUUGGCUGGGAACGGGUCUUUGGGAGUGUCGGGUUUGUUGGAAUAGAACUGGUGAAUACCGACGCGAAACUUGAGU